GAAGAUGACAUGGGAGAUAGAUGUUUCUGAGAUAAGUCAGCUUUUUCUCUUGGAUUUUAUUACUGGAAAACUCCCUAAUGACAACUUUGCUUAGGAGCUGAGUGUUGUGACCUGCCCUACUUCUCCCUGCUCGGUGUGGGAACGACCUGAAGAACGUCUUGAAGCCACCUGUACUGCUUCAUGCAGUUAAAUGUUCUGAGGUCAUGAAACUUAAUCCACAGCAAGCUCCAUUGUAUGGUGACUCUGUUAUUACAGUGCAGCUGACUGAGGAAGAUAAAGUUGAAGAUGAUGUAGUUUUUUACUUGGUCUUCACUGGAUCAACUGUCCAACACUGCACAAGCACGAGGAAGAUUAAUCCUGGGAGUCUGGAGACAAUUUCUCCUGGCCAUGACUGCUGUGAGACAGUGAAGGUGGCACUUUGUGCCUCUAGAGAAGGUCACCCCGUUCUGGUUGUGGCAGAAGAGAGUUUCCAGUUUGUCCAGGACGAAGCCUACGAUGCCGCCCAGUUUCUGGCCACCUGUGCUGGCAACCAGCAGGCGCUGAAUUUCACACGCUUCUUGGACCGGUCACGGCCACCUGCUGCAGACGUGGACUUCUUGGAUGAGAAGGUGGCCUUGGCAUUUCGACACCUGAAGCUGCCGGCAGAAUGGAACGUGCUGGGAGCGGACCAGUCCCUGACCGAGAACAUCCCUCGGGAGACUCUGAUGCAUUUUGCGGUGAGGCUGGGUCUGCUGCGGCUGACGUGGUUUCUGCUCCAGCAGCCGGGGGGAAGAGGAGCUCUCAGCAUCCACAACAACGAAGGGGCAACGCCUGUGAGCUUGGCCUUGGAGAGGGGCUACCAGAAGCUGCACCAACUUCUGACAGAGGAGGGAGCCAGGGAGCCGGACUCGUGGAGCACCCUGUCGCACACGGUGCACUCGGGGCACUACAGCGUGAAGCACCACCGUGGGCUCGGCGUGUACCUGCUGACGGCUGAGGCCAGGGAGGGGACAGCAGCCAGCUGGGAGAGGGACAUUCGGCACCUCCAGAUGCACAUGCAGAGCCACCAGCACCAGAGUUUAAGGCAGCAGACAGAGCCUGUACUGGGAGAUUCUGGAGACAGCUGUGCUGAAGGAGCAGAGCCAAACGGUUACCUGACCACUACUUUCCAGAGCCUAGAAGAAAUGGCAAGAGAAGAAAGGCAGGAAAAUCCACCUGAUUUGGUUCACCUGGACAUUGGGCAGCUCUCAAACCAAACCCAGCAGGAGGAGAACUGCAACAGCAGCAGUCUGGGAGCUUUUAAUGAUGCACCAAAAGACAUGGUUAGCCUGGAGGAUGCAAACUGUCAAGUGAGCAUCUGUGAAAGUAAAACCACAGUGAUAUUGUGUAAAAAGGAAGGAGAGGCGGAGCCAAGAUCUGUAGAGGGCUCUGGGACUAUAUCAGAUGAGGACUGCACUGUGAGCCUGUGUGCAAGUCUAAAUGGUGCUGUAAAUCUUCCAUCCUCUGGAAAUACAAAUGAGGAAGCUGGGAUGACAUCGGCUGGAGUUGUUCUGGAUCAGGCUGGCGUGGGCAGUACAGGCAGUGCCCAUCAGGAAGUGCAGAGUGCUGAGGAAUUUGCUGACAGUGCCGCUGCUGUGGCUGCAGCUGCAGGUGAAGCCCCAGCUUCCUUGGGGGGCCUGGAUGUGGCCAUGGGCCAGACUGAAUGCAGGAACUGUGCUGGGGCUCCUGAGAAGGCUAAGGGCCAGCGGCGGGCAGAGGAUGGGAUGGCAGAGCCUGGUGAAAGGACUGCAAACCUGGCAAAGAAAUACCCAGCUGAGGAAGAGUCAUCCAGCACUGCUCAGCCCUUACUCGGUGGUGUCAAUGGCACUGGGUGUUCGGAUGGGGAGGAUGCAAAUGUGGGAGUGGUACCGGCCUGUGACGGUGCAGAUGCACAUGGUGACAUUGGCAGUGUCCCUGCUGACCUUUGCAAGACUGGCAGGAACAAAGAGACUGAUGUGGACUCGUGCACUGCUCAGGUAAACAGGGACUUCACAGAAAGCCAAGCUGAUGCCAGUGUCACAGUGAGGCAGGAGGUCACUGCCAGCACUGGGGAAGCAUUGCCUGCAGUGAAUGGGGUGAAGGUUCCUGCAUGUGCAUCAAAACCUGCUCCUGGUUUGGAAGUCCAUGGCAGCAGUGAGAGUGGGGAGCAAGAAGGGCAGGUGGGAGCAGGCUGCACAGAUGGAAAAUCCGGCUUGCCCUCACUGGAAGGCAGUGUGGAAACUGAUGGCCCUGAUGCUGAACCUGAAAACAGAGAUGUUGGUGGAUCUAAUGAAAGUGGUGCAGGACCUGCACAUUUCCAGGAGAGUGGUGAGAUCUCUGACUGUGGGGCUGAAGCCAUGGAGAGCAGUGAAAAGGAGCCAGCAGGAACUGAUACCAGCAGCUGCAGAGAGGGAGGAAGCAAAAAUUCUGCAGGCAGUGGUCAGGAAGUUGCUGCCCGUCACCCUUCUGCUGCUCAAGCUGGUGUUAAAGGUGAAAUGGGCAACAGCUUCAAACCAGACACUGCUCAGCAGAGCGAACGUGAGGAACGUGAGCCUGCAUCGCUCCCUCCAGAGGAUGUGAGCACAGCCCUGGUGGAGAAAGAGCCUGCCCAGGCUGGAGCUGAGAAAGCAGAAAGUGCUUCAGAGCAGGAGGGGAGGAGCAGCAAGGUGGAACUGCCCUCUCUCCUAGCCAGGGGAGAGGGGCUGGCUGUGAGUCAGGAGGGAGAUGCUGCAGUGGCACCUCCCGGGCAGGAGGCAGCUCUGCAAGGUAAUGACCCUGGAUCAGCUCCAUGUGCCAAGGGCGCAGACUGUGCCGAGGAUGAUUUAAUAGGCACACCCUCUGCAACUCAUAAUGAGGAAUCUAAACAAAACCAGGAAACAGUGGCGGCGAGGGCAGGCUCAGCAGAGCUCUCCUGGCAGCACGGUGGGGAGCACGGUGGAGUAGCUGCCACCUGGCCUGGGGACCAUGCCGGGGAUGAGGGCUCCCUGGAGCAGGGCCACUCGCAGAAAGCUGAAGGAGGCAAAGCUGAGCCUGAGCAGGAGGCUCAUGUGAAUGGCAAUGAGCAGGUUUUGUCGGAGGAACUUCUCGCUGCUGUUGUGAAACCCUCUGCCUGCAGUCUGGCGGGGCCUGUGGUGGGCAGCAGCAAUGUGGAUGCUGGGCUGAAAGCGACAGACCAACCCAAAGAGGACUGCAAGGCUGGAGCAGCAGUUGCAGCAGAAGGCACCAUGCAUGGACCUGCAUCAGCAGAUGAGUCACUGGGUGCGGAAAGUGACCCUUGUCCGAAUGCUGGGCUGAACCAAGAGCAAGACCCCACUCAAACUUUACAACAAAUCUCCCCCAACAGCAGCACCCCCAAAUUAAAGGAUGUCUCAGAGGUGGGAGCCCCGAGCGAUGGCUGUGAGGAUCAGGAGGGGCCAAGGCCGGUGCCAGUAGCCCCUGUUGCAGCGUAUCCAGAGGAGCAGGAGGACACGGAGCUGCUGCCCCGGGCAGCGCUCCAGCCCAUCGCAGAGGAGCCCACGUGUGACAGUGACUCCAGCACCGACACCGUCUGUCCAGCUGCUGACAGUGACACUGCUCCUGCCCUGACAGUGGCUCAGGGGGAGGGCUUGCCUGAGCCCCAUGGAAAGCAAAGCCGAGCUGUACCUGCAGUGCCCUUCUCACCGUGUUCCUGCCGCUUACAGGCUGUUGAGUCACUGGAAAAUGUGGGAGUGAAGAGUUUGGUAUCGGCUAAUGAUGCCUCUUCUCUGGAUAAAGUUCCUAAAAUGGUAACAAGUUUUGAUGCGGUGGUUUUUGCAGCAGAGACACCGUGUUCCCAUGAAGUACCUGCCGCAGAAAAAGUGGGCCUUGAGCCCCAGCCUGCAGUGGAUGCUGGAACCAGCCUUAAUGGACAAAUGGGUUUAAGUUCCUCAGCAAAGAAAAAGAAUGUCAGCCUGGCAAUGCAAGGAGCUGAGCCUCUUACAGGGAGGUUGGAGAUGAAAACUGAGGACGAGGUGGAUUUUCAGAAGGACGGCACAGAAGAAGUGAUAAACCGCGAGAGCUGGUGUCCGCUGGAGCCAUGUCCCGACCCCUCCCUGCUGGAGCGCAAGCGGACUCGGGAGUCUCCAGAAUGUGAGAACUUCUUGGAGGAUGGGCUGAGCAGCGUCUGUGCCUCGUCACAGGGUGGUCUUAAACGAGAGUCUGGGAGUGAGUCUGACCUCUUCCCCAUGCCCGGCGAUGGGAUGGAAGACCUUGUCUUUGGGAAGCAGCCUGAAGAGGAGCAGUCUGCAUGUGAUGUCACCAGCUCCAGCUCCUCUGCAGAUGACACAAUGUCCCUGGAGAGGAACUCAUCCCUGGGCAGCGACACGUCCCUCCCCUUCCCACCCAUGGGGAGCUUUGCCCAGCCCAAGGACAGGCACAGCCUGGAUGGCAGCUGCACCAACAUGGUGUCCUCAGAGGGAGGAGAGAAGGAAGAGGAGCUGGACAGCAUCACGGACGUGCCCGCGCCUUCCUCCGUCCUGCGCAGCUCCAUGCGGCCGCUGUCUCCUUUCCGCCGGCACAGCUGGGGACCGGGGAAGAAUGCCACCAACGAGGCAGAAAUCAAUCAGAGGAGUUCAAUGCGAAUUCUGGGGGAUGGUAUAAAGAAGCCUCCCAUUCAUAGGAGAAGUUUGAGCUGGUGUCCCUCAGGCGUACAGUACAUUGCCAUGGGUCCUGACUUUACUUGUAGAAGUUACAGCCUAGAAGGCCUUGCUGGAGACUCUGGUGAAAACAAGAAGCCUUCUGCAAACCUGGAGGCUUCUUCUCUGAGCUCCAAAGACCUCAGGAGGAGUCCACUUGCCAGCAAUCAGUCCCUGGUCCUGCUCACUGAGGAGCUUGAGCAAGGAGAAAUCAGAGACUACAACCACCAGGUGCAUCAAACUGCACAGCCACAAGGAUUUAACUUCUGUUCUUCUGCUGUUUCAUCUCCACUGACCAAAUCCAUGUCUCUAAUGUCAAUUAGCAAGCCAGUGCUUGACAGUGCACAGUCGUUGGGCGGCUCCAUGGGCUCCUCAGUGCAGAGCAUAUCUGAAGAGAGCAGCAGUGUCCCCGCUGGUAAAGGUGUAACAAAAGUCAGCCGCACCUUUAGCUACCUCAGGAAUAAAAUGUCCAGCAGCAAGAAGAGCAAAGAAAAAGAGAAAGAUAAAGAGAAGACUAAAGAGAAGGACAAAGAUUCCAAGGAGAAGGAAAAAGAUAAGAAGCUGUUGAAUGGACAUCUCUUCACUGCAACCUCCGUUGUAGCCCAAGCAACCUGCUACCACUGUAUGAAGCCUUUCAAUAAGGAUUCGUACUACUGUGCAAACUGUAAUGCAAUUGUUCACAAAGGCUGUAAGGAGAAUUUUGCUUCUUGUGCAAAGGUCAAAAUGAAGCCACAGAGAGGGAUGCUGCAGGCACACGAUACCUCUUCAUUACCCACAGUAACCAUGAGAAACAAAAGCUCGCAGCCGAAGGAGCGCCCGCGCUCCGCCAUCCUCGCUCCCGAUGAGAGCACCGUCACCUCCACCUUCAACAACAGGAGAUCACAGCAGCCCACUGCACUCUCCAAAAGUGUCUCCAUACAGAACAUUGCAGGAGUUGGGAACGAUGACAACUUAAUACACACUUGGAAAUUCCUGUCGCAGUCAACAGACUCUUUACAUAAAAUCAGCCGGGUUAAUGAGUCCAUGGAGUCACUGGUUGAUGAAGGUGCAGACAUGAAUGAAGGACAGCUCAUGGGAGACCUGGAAUUAGAUUCCAAGCAGCUGGAGGCAGAGUCCUGGAGCCAAGUAGUGGACAGCAAGUUCCUGCAGCAGCAGUGCAAAGACGUUGUCAAACGGCAAGACGUGAUUUAUGAGCUAAUGCAGACGGAAAUGCACCACGUCCGCACCCUGAAGAUCAUGAACGAUGUGUACAGUGCAGCCAUGUUAAAGGAACUGCAGUACGAUCAGCAAGUUGUGGACAAGAUCUUUCCCUGCCUGGAAAACUUGCUGCACAUCCACAGUCAGUUUUUCCAGCGGAUUCUGGAAAGGAAGAAGGAGUCACUGGCAGACAGAAGUGAAAAGAACUUUGUUAUCAGGAGGAUAGGUGACAUCCUAGUGAAUCAAUUCUCUGGGGAGAACGCUGAACGAAUGAAGAAAACAUACGGCAAAUUCUGCGGGCAUCACAAUGAAGCUGUCAAUUACUUCAAAGACCUUUACUCGAAGGACAAGCGCUUUCAGGCAUUUGUCAAGAAGAAAAUGAGCAGCUCCCUGGUGAGGCGUCUGGGGAUUCCUGAAUGUAUCUUGUUGGUAACACAGAGAAUCACAAAGUACCCGGUCCUUUUACAAAGGAUACUGCAGUACACCAAAGAAAAUGAAGUGGAACAUGAAGACUUAAGUCAGUCACUAAACCUCGUUAAAGACGUGAUUGCUGCAGUCAAUAGCAAAGUCAGCAAUUAUGAAAAGAAAAUGCGUCUUGGGGAUAUUUACAACCGGACAGACAGCAAGUCCAUCAUGAGGAUGAAGAGUGGCCAGAUGUUUGCAAGAGAGGACUUGAGGCAUCGGAAACUCAUCCGAGAUGGGCCUGUUUCACUAAAAAACUCAGCUGGGCGGUUAAAAGAAGUCCAGGCUGUUCUCCUCUCUGACAUGCUCGUGUUCCUUCAGGAGAAGGACCAGAAGUAUGUCUUUGCCUCACUGGAUCAGAAAUCCACAGUGAUCUCUCUGAAGAAGUUGAUCGUACGAGAAGUAGCUCAUGAAGAGAAGGGUUUGUUCCUGAUCAGCAUGGGUGGAAAGGACCCUGAAAUGGUGGAGGUCCAUGCCAGCUCCAAAGAAGAGCGCAAUGGCUGGAUACAGAUCAUUCAGGACACGGUGCACACCAUGGAUAGAGAUGAAGAUGAAGGAGUCCCGUGUGAGUCUGAGUUGGAAAAGAAAUUGUUUGAUGCAAGAGUGAGAGGACUGAAAGAACAACUUCAGCAGAAGGAUAAACAGAUCCUGCUCUUGCUGGAGGAGAAGACAAAGAUCUUCCAGGACAUGGCAGACAGUUCUGUGCAGGAGGAGACACCAAGCUCCAGGCUGCUCUUCAGAUCCAGAACAGAAGAGGCUCCAAAAGGAGAGGCAAUCAUGAAAAGUGCAAUAAAUGAAGUUGAAUUACUGCAAGACCUGGUGAACAGGAGCCUGGGCACUGCCCUUGGACAGCAGGUCAGCAGCACUGCCAUGGAUCAGGAGGGAGGGGUUGGCCCCAUCUCACUCCCUAGAAGGGCAGAAACUUUUGGAGGAUUUGACAGUCACCAGAUGAAUGCCUCCAAGGCAAAGCAGAAGGGAGGAGUUUCCUCCUGCAGAGAGGUGGAAGGUCCCAGGACGUGGCGCAGGAGAGCAGGUGGAGCGAAAGAUGAAGGCGAUGAUGCUCAGGACCUUCGGAGAACAGAGUCAGACAGCAUUUUAAAGAAGGGUGGAAAUGCUAAUUUGAUGUUCAUGCUGAAAAGGAAUAACGAGCAGGUCCUCCAAACCAUUACCAGCCUCCAUAAGCUGCUCAGUGCUUUGCAGGGUGUGGUGCUGCAGCAGGACACCUACGUGGAGAGCCAGAAGCAGUCUCGGAGCGAGAAGGCUCCCAGCCGAAGCUCAUCCCGGCACACCUCGCUGGCGGAGCAGGAGAAGCAGCGCAGCCUGGAGAAGCAGCGCCAGGAGUUCGCCAACCUGAAGAAGCAGCAGACACAGCACCAGGAGGAAAGGCAGAGGAGGGAGAAGGAGUGGGAAGUGCGGGAGAAGGAACUGGCAGAGCACGAGGCCGAGCUGGCCCAGCGCGAGGAGCAGGUGCAGAGGCUGAGGCAGGAGCUGGAGCGGGAGCGGGAGGAGCUGCAGGUGAAGAAGGCGGCCUACCAGCUCGACCUGGAGAGGCUCCGCAUGGCACAGAAGCAGCUGGAGAGGGAGAAGGUGCAGCUGAAGCAGGACGUGGAGCGAUUCGCUCAAAUGCGGCAGGAGCCUGACCACAACCAGGUUUCAAAUCUACAUGAGAAACUUGCAAGAGUCUCCUCCCAGUCCAGCAUAGAUGAAUCCUCCAUGCAGAAAAACCCUUCCCUUCCUAAACAAGGGCACUUUGAUGCAGAACUGUCUGUCUCCCCCAAAAGGAACAGUCUUUCAAGGACACACAAAGAGAAAAGCACUUUCCAUUUGCUUAGCACAACAAACCAGACUAACAAGGCAGCUGAGGAACAGACCCAGAUGCCUACUCGCCUCUUCAGUUUAGCCAAACCAAAGGAGAAGAAGGAAAAGAAGAAAAAGAGCAGGGGACAUCGCGCCCAACAGUCUGAUUCUCACUCGUCAGAAGCACCUCCAGAGGGUGAGGAGAUCUUCUGCUGAGCAUGGACUGUUCCAGUGGUCACUCGUGGCAUUGGCACCGUGGACACCUCCCUGCCUGUGACACAGCACGUGGCUGGUGCCUGCUCUGGACAAGCAUCUGGAGGUUUUAAAUAAAACAUGUUCUGAAGUCUGCUAAGUGGUGGAUAAGGGCCUCUCUCCUGUGGUUUUAGGUGAAUUCUCCCUGCAGAGGCUGUGCCUGCACAGCACACAGGACCCUCUCCCUGUGCAAACCUGGUGUCAAAUGGAUUGGGAUAGAUGUUGUCUGUCUCACUGCUAAAGGAUGAGAGAACAUAGCCUUAAGGGGUCUGUGCCUUCCAAUUCCCCUUUUCUGGGGAAAAGAACCAAAACCAAGCAUUUAGCAAAGAUUAGGACUCACAAAUGGUGCACGCUGGCAUAUAUAGAUCUGCUGGAUAUAUACAUAGAUGUAUCUAUGUAUCCACUGGGAUAUGCUUACAGUCCCUACCGCUGAGGUCCACCCCUGGGGAUAGGUGAUACCUGAGGACUUUCUGGGAGUGUGUAGAUAUUAAAUAUCUUGCCCUUACUGCUCUGACUGUAACACAGUGACCUGCACACCCCUUUUGUGCUCAUGGGAUAGGGGCUGUUUGGUUUCAGAAGGGUAUCUUACACCAGGAAGCAGUAACAGCAUUCAGAAGCAACAACUGAGAGGAUAAAAAUUAAAAUUUAAAAUAAAUCUGAACUAACUCUGUGGGCCAGAGGAAUCAAACGUCAAACUUUUUCCACAGUCAAGCAGAACAUUACUGGGUAUAUUUAAUAUGGCACCGAAAAGAGAAUUUUGGUAGGCUGGUAAGGCAGUCCCAUGGAGCCAGAACAAACUGUUCAAAUGGAAACAACAGUAAUCAACACUUUUUUUAAACAAUCUCUUUGAGCUCCAGCUCACUCUCUCCCAUCCCCAAAGAUUAUGUUUUUGCUGGAAUAGAGCUCUCCAUUUGACAUUACAAGCCUAAUGACUGACUGGGGGGGUGGCUGAAAAUCUGCUUUUAGGGAUCUUUGUUCUGUUCUUUGAGUUUUCUUAGCCUGCUUUUUGUGCUACCAUUGGGCUUCUGUUUCUCUGGAUUUUCUCACCUGCCCUGAUCGUUUCUGAGGCAGAGUGAGAGCAGCAGUGUCCAAGCAGGUCAGCGAGACAUCGCGGGGCAGGCUCCGAGGAGAUGGCUCCUGUCCCUGUGGCUGUGCAAUACCAGGCACUUAGGAACCAUUUCUGGGGAGAAAAAGGUUCUGGUGGACAAAAACCCCCUGUGGGCCAGGUCUGGAGUUCAGUGUGGCGUGUCCCCAUAGGCUCCGUGCAGAACAGGAAGGUCCAAGGGCAGCUCUUGCUGUGCCAGCUGUGGGGUGUCUGUAGAGUUGUGGAAUACAGGGAUGUGUUCAGUGGGGGAGGAAAACUGCAAAUGGAGGCUUUUCUCAAAAAUCACCUUUCUUCCAAACCCUGUCAGGAGAAUUACCCGAGUGGAUUUGUAAAUGGUUAUCAACUUCAAAACAGAUCAAAGUUUUGCUCGAGAGUUUGAAGCUGUCAGGUGCAUUUCCUUUCCUACCAGUUUUUUUCUUUGAAAUAACAAAUAAUUUCUCUUCUUGUACUAUUGUUUGAUUUCAGUUUGCUCUCAGGCCUGUCAUGAGUUGGUGACACACAGCAGUUUUCAGAGUUAGUGCUGAUGAAUAUCAGCAGCAUUGAUGGUGAGGUGGAUGCUUAGGCUGGGCUGUCUUGGUGCAGGAACCCUGCUUGCUUUGGAAGCUCUCUAUACUAUUAAAAAUCAGAAGAAAAAGAGAAAAAAAAAGAAAGGAAAAAGGGUUGAGAUUUAUUUUUGGUUUCUUUUUAAUAUUAUUUGGUGCUUGUUCUUAAUUGCAAGCAGGGCUUGCAAAAAUAUUUAUCUUUCAUUUUAUCUGAAAGAAUUUUUUAAAAAAUGUUUACUUAGUUUUAUUUUUUUAUUU